AUGUUAAAAAGGCUAUAUUUACUUCUUGGGAAAAGCUUGAAAAGUCUAUAGCUAGUUGGGAGCAACAUUUUUUAUCAAGACUUCAAAUAUCAUUUUAUUCAUUAGAUAUGAAAAAAGAAAUAGAUGUUUGCUAUCUAUUAUCUACGAUUACUAUUCCAAAUUUGUUUUCUGAAGCUG